UUGGAGUAGCGGACAUUCACAACUUCACACCACAGAGAAGAAGUCAAGCUUUGCAGAGGAGAAACUACAGAGAGAGCCAGCAGUAUGUAUUCUACAGCCGUCUUCUGCCUACUGGCCAUCAUGAGUGGGGCACUGGCCGUGCCUGUUACGGACCAGGUUAACAGCACUCAAUCGGUGAUAGAAACUGUUCAAAACGCGACCCAGCAAGCACAAGAUGACGCCACAGUGCAGCCAAUAGCAGUUAACGUUACAGAACAGGUUAACGUGACGCAGCCGACGACAACAACACAGUCCACGCCAUUGGUCACUGACAGCGCAGCAACCAAUGCAACAGAAGCAGCUGUGCCGGUCGAAACGACCACCGAGCUUUCAACCACCGAGCCACCGAAGUUUUCAUUUACCUGUGACGGAAAGACGCCCGGUCUGUACGCAGACCCGGACAACUGCCACCAGUACUACGAGUGUGUAGCGGGCUUCUCCACGGCGUUCCUCCGCCACUGUGCCCCGGGAGGGCCCGUCUUCGAUCCCGCCAAGCAGCGCUGCGACUGGCCCGAGAACGUUCCAGCCCCUUGUGGGACAAUUGUAAAGGCCUGGGAAGACGGAAACCUCCGAACUAGGUCAAGUCCUGUGGCCAGAAGUUCCUCCACCUUCUCCUGUACGGGGAAACAGCCGGGCCUGUACCCGGACCCCGACGACUGUUCCAUGUACUACGAGUGCGUGACGGGCCAUCCCGUGUACCACCGGCCCUGCGCCCCGGGAGGAACCGUGUACGACCCCGCCAGCCUCAGGUGCAUGUGGCCCCACGAAGUGUCCGGUCCAUGCGGGACAAACACAAAUACAAACGUUUUGACUGACGAUACCUCAGCAAGCCUUCUGACUCACGAUAUCCCGGCCGUUCUACCAACCUUCUCCUGUACGGGGAAACAGCCGGGCCUGUACCCGGACCCCGCCGACUGUUCCAUGUACUACGAGUGUGUGACGGGCCAUCCCGUGUACCACCGGCCCUGCGCCCCGGGUGGAACCGUGUACGACCCCGCCAGCCUCAGGUGCAUGUGGCCCCACGAAGUGUCCGGUCCAUGCGGGACAAACACAAACGUUUUGACUGACGAUACCUCAGCAAGCCUUCUGACUCACGAUAUCCCGGCCGCUCUACCAACCUUCUCCUGUACGGGGAAACAGCCGGGCCUGUACCCGGACCCCGCCGACUGCUCCAUGUACUACGAGUGCGUGACGGGCCAUCCCGUGUACCACCGGCCCUGCGCCCCGGGUGGAACCGUGUACGACCCCGCCAGCCUCAGGUGCAUGUGGCCCCACGAAGUGUCCGGUCCAUGCGGGACAAACACAAACGUUUUGACUGACGAUACCUCAGCAAGCCUUCUGACCCACGAUGUCCCGGCCGUUCUACCAACCUUCUCCUGUUCUGACAAACAGCCGGGCCUGUACCCGGACCCCGAAGACUGUUCCAUGUACUACGAGUGCGUGACGGGCCACCCCGUGUACCGCCGGCCCUGCGCCCCGGGAGGAACCGUGUACGAUCCCGCCAGUCUCAGGUGCAUGUGGCCCCACGAAGUCUCCGGUCCGUGCGGGACGGGUGCAAACGUUUUGACUGACGAUGCCUCAGCAAGUCGUCUGACUCACGAUGCCCCGGCCGCUCUACCCACCUUCUCCUGUACGGGGCUGCAGCCGGGCCUGUACCCGGACCCCGAAGACUGCUCCAUGUACUACGAGUGCGUGACGGGCCACCCCGUGUACCACCGGCCCUGUGCCCCGGGUGGAACCGUGUACGAUGCCGACAGACAGGAGUGCAGGUGGCCCUACGAGGUGUCCAGCUCUUGCCGAUACUACACGCUCCCAGCUAGCGGGGACGGGCCGUUCUCGUGUGCGGGGAGGGCGCCCGGGCACUACCCGGACCCCGACAGCUGCAGCCGGUACUACCAGUGCACCCAGCUCAGCAGCGAGCCGGUCCACCGGGACUGUCCACCGGGCGGGCUGGUGUUCCACCCCGGGACACAGUACUGCACCUGGCCAUGGAGCGUUCCAGGACCGUGCGGGAACUACGGACAGUGAGUGGAGAACCGCGUACGUAGAGUUUCUACACGUCUCAUCUUAUUAGAUGAUCCGAGCCCUACAUCCUGGGAACCAGUGGACAGAUAUAGUUUAGAUAGUUCUAAAGAGCUAGCUAAAAUGCUGAAUUAAUUGUCACUAGUAAUUGUUAUACUAGUAUUUCAGUCGUACUUUAUAUACUUUUGAUACCAUAGUUUCUGACUUUUUUCGUGAUACGUGUGCAAUAAUAAGUAUUCUUCAGUCGUCUGUACUGUACAGUAUUUAUUGUAUGAAGAAAUAAAGACUGAGAAAUGCAAA